GUAGCUCGGCAGUCGCCAAGGGCAGAGAGGCUAGCGCCGGUGGGUGGAUGGGAACAGAGAGCCAAGUCCUCCUGUUACUGGGUGCGAGUGGGGGAGGAGCCUGGGGGUCCGGAGAGGCUAAAAGGACGGCUAAGAAAACGAGCGUGCGUCUCCAUCAGUUCUCACCUCCUGCCUGGCGAGCUCGGCGCGCUUUCCUUGCGGAAAAGACGCUGGGUUGCGUCCGCCGGAGGGUGCCUUAGCCGCCCCCGUGUCCCCAGGUGGGCAGCCCCGACACCAGAGGAAGGGGAAGUUACCUUCCCCUCGGAAGAGGGCGCUGGCUCCCCCAUCCAGCCUUUAUAAUAAGGCCGCAGGAGGAGAGGCAGCCUUGCCGUCUGCGCUCCGUAAAGCAUGCAGUUAGGGGAGCAGCUUUUGGUGAGCUCGGUGAACCUGCCCGGCGCGCACUUCUACCCGCUGGAGAGCGCGCGGGGCGGCGGGGGCGGGCCCGCCGGCCACCUCCCCGGCGCGACCCCCUCGCCCCAGAGGCUGGACUUAGACAAAGCGCCGAAGAAGUUCUCGGGCAGCCUCUCGUGCGAGGCGGGGAGCGGGGAACCCGCAGCCGCCAGCGCGGGGGCCCCCGCGGUCAUGCUCAGUGACGCCGACGCCGGGGACGCCUUCGCCAGCACCGCGGCAGUGGCCAAGCCAGGGCCCCCGGACGGCCGCAAGGGCUCCCCCUGCGGGGAAGAGGAGCUCCCCUCCGCCGCCACUGCAGCCGCCACCGCCGCGGCCGCCGCCACCGCGCGCUACUCCAUGGCCAGCCUGAGCUAGGAGCGCUACUACCUCCAGUCCCCCGGGCCGCAGGGCUCCGAGCUGGCCGCGCCCUGCUCGCUCUUCCCGUACCAGGCGGCAGCCGGGGCGCCCCACGGACCUGUGUACCCGGCUCCCAACGGGGC